UUUCCAUGUUGAGAAGCUCGGACAGCUCGGAGCACUGGUCUCUACGGCAGCGAGGCGGGCGGAGCGGCAGAGGGCGGAGCGUCCAGCUCCCCCCAAAGCCUCGGAGACGGCCGAGCGUCUCAUGCACACUGUGUUCGCCCGGAGUGCUCAGAGCGCGCUCGCACGUCUCUGCCACGGCCAGUCGAAGCUGUGCGGCCCCUCGGGCAUCACGCUCUGGAAAAACGAAGAAGCACACCUUCGCGGGGUCGGAGAAGCUGCCACGCAGCUCGUGGCCGAGGCUGUUGGCGUAGCCAAUCCUCCUCCCCCUGUGCCCCUUCCUCCUCCUGAGGGAGGGGGGAUGGGUGCAACCCAGGCUGAUGUGAGAAGGAACAUCUGGCUCCUGAUAUGCGGGGGGGCGAGGGUACAGUUGGAGAGGAGGAGUGAAGAGAGCAGGCAGUGCUCUACUCAGAACGAGCACCCAGCGCAGGCGAGCUGGGAAAAAGAACAGCAACGAAAAACGACGCACUGGCUGCCGCAGCGUGGGAGACACAGUGCCGAGGCUGGGGCCAGUCCUGGGACGAGCACGGCGGGCUUGUGCCGUGAUGACCUGCAUCGCUCCAUAAAUAUAUAUAUAUAUAUAUAUAUGUGUACAUACUGGCCGACUCUGGGCCGCUGGCGGCGCUCCACGAGCGCUUCCGGCGGAACCGCUGCGAGUCGACACAGCGCGAACAUGCCGUAGGAGGGUGAUGGCGAUCUCUUCACCCAUCAAAAGGCCAGCCAGCCAAGCGCGGCCAAGCAGAGCAUUCGCCACGGCGCCGCUGCUGUCGCGGCAGUGUUGCCCGAGUCUGCCGCGGGCUCCGGCAUCGCCGUCGUGGGCGUCGGCGUCGUCGGCGUGGGCGGAGCCGGCGUUGGCACCAGCGUGGGUUCCUGCGGGUACCCGGCCACCGAGAUGAGGUUGAUGCAGUAUCGGUUCCCCUUGUCGUCAGGGAGAUUGUGCCCCAGGUGCGUCCCGUCCACGCUCACGACCUCUCCGUCCUCCAGCACUCUGACAAAGUCGGGUCGCACCUCGGCAUCCCGGAAGCUCGGCCACCCGUGGUCAUAGCUCUCCUGGUAGAACUCAGCGAAGCUGCGGCCGAGGGGGGCCUCGAAUAGCGGGCGCCCAGUAAUACUGUCGUAGAACACCGUCGUCUCCGCAGUGCUCUGGUCGUCAUGGAACGUGGUCGUCCGAAAAUAUCCCCUGUCAACGUAAGUCAAAGGGGGUCAACACUUGGGGGGUCGCCACCCUUUGAUACGGACAGGAGACCUCCCAGGACCCCCCAGAGCACUCAAAAACAUCCCAACGCCUCCCCGAUCCUCGAUCGCCCCUCCCCCUCUGCCCUCGAUCCGCCGGCGCAGCUGCACUCACCAGUGGGGGACCCGCUUUAGAAGAACAAGAACACCAUAAUCAUGAAAUUUCGGCGCUCCGCGCGGAUUUCUUUUUGAUCUGCGAUGGGCCCCCCUCCCUGGCGCGCGGAGCCUGCCAGGGGGGCCCAGCACGGAUCCAAUAAAUCCGCGCGGAGCGCCGAAUAUUCCCUACCCAGGCUCUGCCUAGAAGGGUUCUUA